CUUUUAUUGGGGUUGUAACGUGGCCAUGGGUAAUGGUUAAUGAAAGAAAGGAAAUGUGAAAUCAAAACAAAAGAGAAGACAUUUUCUGUACUAAACCGAUCCUGGGAAGAGUUCAAAAAAAAUGGUAAAGGAGCACAAAAACUAUUACAACAAUCAACCGGCUUCUAUGACAAUGGAGUGCAUACAGAAAGUGAAAAGAAUACAAACUUCAACUCAACUCAUCUUUUUUUUUUCUUUUUUUUUUAUCACUUUUUUUUCUCUCUUUUUUUUUUCUCUUUUUUUCAGCUUUUUUUUGUUUUUUUUUUGAAUGCUACAUCAACACUACUUCUAAAAGGAAAUGACAAACUGCCAUAACAAAAUUACAUAUACAAACUGCCGG